ACAGAGGGCGACAUCAUCCAGUAGGCGGUGCUCUCCUUCUGCACUGUGUUCAACCAUUGUGUCAAUAAUAAGUGCUGCUGUGAAGAGAACAAUUCUCAGACUGAAUGUUGAACAUCAGCUAGUUUCUCCUGUUGAUUGAAACCUUGUUGUACAGAUGGAACAUUGGCUGUGGAUUAUUCUUGCUGCUCUUUUCUUUGAGUGUAAAGGAGAAGACAAAGUGAUCCAGGAACAAGGAGAUGUCAUUGCUGCUGAAGGAGUCACAGUUACACUUGACUGUAGAUAUGAAACAACUGAUGCAUAUCCAUAUUUGUUCUGGUACAAACAAGAAAUAAAUGAAUUUCCAAAGUAUGUUUUAAGACGUGACACUACAGGAACAGAAGAUAAUGAUCAGGAGUUUCCAAAAGACAGAUUUGAUGCUAAAAUCAACAAAAUACAACAAUCAGUUCCUCUGAAGAUCCAGAAGCUUCAUCUGUCUGACUCUGCUGUGUACUACUGUGCUCUGCAGCCCACAGGAGGAAACUACAGGCUUUAUUUUGGUAAAGGAACCAAACUGAUCGUACAAACUGGGGUAGAGUACAAGCCAUCCUAUUUCAAACUGGGAGAAGGCAGCAAUACGGCAUGCCUGGCAACUGGGUUCAGCAGACACAAUGCAGCAUCCAACCAGCAUCCAUAUUUUCAGAAAUUCAAUACGACAAAAGCUGUGGCGAUAUCACCAAACUUGGAUCUGUACAACCAGGUGGUUUUUCCAGGCGAUGAUGCAGAAGAUUGUGAAUCACCACCCAAUGGUGACAGCCCAUGUGUUGAUGUUUUGGAGCCAGAUCCAAAGGUGAACCUCAUGUCUCUGACCAUCCUGGCUCUCAGAGUGAUCUUCAUCAAGACCAUCAUCUUUAACAUCAUAAUGACUCUGCGGCUGUGGAUUAGUCAGUAAACUUCACAGAAAUGCCAAGAGGACAAUCUUCUGUGUGACUGGAUGAAACUUGAAGUUCACUGAGCUUCAGCGUGUAUAUCAUGUAUAAAUAUCAUAUUACCUGUUUAUCAUACCAUCUGUUAAUAACGCUCUAUAGACGUUAUCCUUUAAUACAUUGUUGAUUGUUCCAAAAAGUUUGAUUUUAUGUUAUCUUUACAUAUUGUCACUGAUGUUUUUUAUGAAUGAAUUAAACUCUGUCUCGCUUGAUGAUGUAAAUGUCACAGUUAUGUUUAACAGAUUGUCCUUUCAAUCAUUUCUUUGUGUGAUGUGGUAAUAAAAGCUAAAAAGAAAACA